AAACUUUUAGCAUCAAAGGCCCAAACGUAAUUUCCGGUGAAUAAGGGCCCAAACUCAUAUAUGUUGAAACCGCUAAACCCUGGAGUUGGCUACUUCCCACAUCAUCUCUCUCUCCCUCUCUGGUAAUGGCCACCAGACGUUUGAGGGCAUUUAAGCGGUGGAUGAAAUCCAAUGGAUUCGAAUGGAGUAAUGCAUUGGAAUUUGUAGACACCCCUGAACAAGGAAUUGCUGUUAAAGCAUUGUGUCAAAUGAAUGAAGGCGAUGUGGUUGCCAAAAUGCCAAAGCAAGCUUGUCUUACAAUCAAGACUAGUGGUGCAAGUGACAUCAUUGAAAGUGCUUGUUUGGGUGGUUAUUUGGGUCUAGCUGUUGCUAUCAUGUAUGAGAGAAGUUUGGGUGAGGAUUCUACUUGGGCUGGUUACCUUCAGCUUUUGCCUCAACAAGAAUCUUUGCCUUUGGUUUGGACUCUUGAUGAAGUAAGCCACCUUUUGUGUGGUACUGAGCUUCAACAGACAGUGCAAGAAGACAAAGCUCUUGUGUAUGAGGACUGGAAAGAGAAUAUUCUACCUCUUUUGGAUUCAGAACCUUCAAGGCUUAACCCGGCAUUCUUCAGUGUGGAACAGUACUUUGCAGCCAAAAGUCUUAUUUCUUCUAGAUCUUUCGAGAUAGAUGAUUACCAUGGCUUUGGCAUGGUCCCCCUAGCAGAUCUAUUCAAUCAUAAAACGGGUGCGGAAGAUGUGCAUUUCACCGCUUUGUCUUCUAAUGAUGAGUCUGAGGACGAUGCUGACGACGGAAUUGUUGAUGAAGAAGCAUUAGCUCAAAAUUCAUCUAUGGAUAAGACUGAGAACGGUGUUGUUAGUGACACAGAGUGUUCUUCGGUUACUGAAGAUGAUACUUCAAUGCUGGAGAUGGUUAUGAUAAAAGAUGUUAGCACUGGAACUGAGGUAUUUAAUACUUACGGCUUAUUGGGUAAUGCCGCUUUGCUACAUAGAUAUGGAUUUACCGAACAAGAUAACACCUAUGAUAUCGUAAACAUUGAUAUGGAGCUGGUACUUGAAUGGUGUUCUUCUCUAUUCUCUGACCGCCACAGCAGAUCAAGAAUCUCCCUUUGGAGAAGGUUAGGCUAUUCCGGUGACAGCGAAAACUCAGAAUAUUUUGAGAUAUCAUUUGAUGGAGAACCACAGAUUGAACUCAUCAUUUUAUUGCACAUCAUAUUUUUACCAGAUGAUGUCUACCAUAAAUUAGACUUAUCAGUAGCAGUUACUGGAAAUCGUCACGAAUCAAGUGAAAAAACCACUUUUUUGAAUGGUGAUAUUUUUCCACAUAGUAAUGAGAGUAAUAUGAGCAAGAAACCAUUGAUGACGAAAGAAAUUUGCACGGCUCUGUUGUCACUGGCUGAUAUAAGGGAGAGUCUCUAUGGUUUGAAAUCAAUAGAAGAUGAUAUGGAGGAGUUGAAAAAGUGUAGUUUUGUUGGAGAUAGAAAGGUGUAUCAUUCUUUGGUUCUGCGUAUCAGUGAAAGGAAGAUCAUUCAAAAGCUAAGAAAUUAUGCUUCAAAGUCAUGUAAGAUUACUAAUCCUAGUUCUGCCCGGAAGAAGUUGAAAAGGACAGCAUAGAGAGAGUGUUUUUUUUUUCUUCAUGAUAUCCUCAAUAUUUAUGAUUUUAUGAUUUUUUUUAAUGCAUAUUCAUUGGCCUAUGCAAAGUAGCAAAGUAGCAAAGUGCAUAGAGAGAGUAACUUAUUUUAAUCAAUUUUUGUAGACAUUAAAUUUUACUGGUUCAAGCAUCAAAUUAAUAGUGUUUGUUGAGUAGAUUAAAUUUAUGAAGUUUCAUAAAUUACGAUUUAUAAAUUGAUACAAAUAAAAUAUUGGAAUUUAACUGA